UCGGAGCUCUGCUGCAUCUGUCACAGCAGAACAAAAUUAAAAACAAAAACACAGAAGAGGAGAAACGCUGCAGAGUAUGGAACACUGUAGGACUUUCUGAAAUAUUUGCCGGAGAUCCCCAUGGAGGAUGAUCUUUUAAACAAUUUUUUUUGAAGUCGGUUUGGGUCACUGGGAAAAUGAUACAUAUGCUAAAUGCAGCAGCUGAUCGAGUGAAAUGGACCAGAUCGAAUGCUGCUAAAAGGGCUGCCUGCCUGGUGGCUGCGGCAUAUGCUCUGAAAACCCUCUAUCCCAUCGUUAGCAAGCAUUUAAAGCAAAGUGGCCACAGGAAGAGAAAAGAAGCUUACCCAGCUGCAGAGAACAGAGAAGUUCUGCAUUGCACCGAGAUUACUUGUAAAAAACCUUCGCCUGGAGUGAAUGCAGAUUUUUUCAAACAGCUACUAGAACUUCGAAAAAUCCUCUUUCCAAAACUUGUGACCACUGAAACAGGGUGGCUCUGCCUCCACUCGGUGGCUCUAAUCUCAAGAACAUUUUUGUCUAUCUAUGUUGCUGGUCUGGAUGGAAAAAUUGUAAAAAGCAUUGUGGAAAAGAAACCUCGGACUUUCAUCAUCAAAUUAAUCAAGUGGCUUAUGAUUGCCAUCCCUGCCACUUUUGUCAACAGUGCAAUAAGGUACCUGGAGUGCAAAUUGGCUUUGGCCUUCAGAACUCGCCUAGUAGACCAUGCCUAUGAAACCUAUUUUACAAAUCUGACUUAUUAUAAAGUGAUCAAUAUGGAUGGGAGGCUGGCAAACCCUGACCAGUCUCUUACUGAAGAUAUUAUGAUGUUCUCCCAAUCUGUGGCUCACUUAUAUUCCAAUCUGACCAAACCUAUUUUAGAUGUAAUUCUGACCUCCUAUACGCUCAUCCAGACUGCCAGAUCCAGAGGUGCGAGCCCAAUUGGGCCCACUCUAAUAGCAGGGCUUGUGGUAUAUGCCACUGCUAAAGUGCUGAAAGCUUGCUCUCCUAAAUUUGGUAAAUUGGUGGCUGAAGAAGCACAUAGAAAAGGUUAUUUACGGUAUGUUCACUCCAGAAUUAUAGCCAAUGUUGAAGAAAUUGCCUUUUACAGAGGACAUAAGGUAGAAAUGAAGCAACUACAGAAAAGUUACAAAGCUUUAGCAGACCAAAUGAACCUCAUUUUAUCAAAACGUUUGUGGUACAUCAUGAUAGAGCAGUUCUUGAUGAAGUAUGUUUGGAGCGGCAGUGGACUAAUUAUGGUGGCUGUACCGAUUAUCACUGCAACUGGCUUUGCAGAUGGUGAGGAUGGCCAAAAACAAGCUAUGGUUAGUGAACGAACAGAAGCUUUUACCACUGCUCGAAAUUUAUUGGCCUCUGGAGCCGAUGCUGUUGAAAGGAUUAUGUCUUCAUACAAAGAGGUCACUGAAUUAGCAGGCUAUACUGCUAGAGUAUACAAUAUGUUUUGGGUCUUUGAUGAAGUAAAAGGAGGCAUUUAUAAGAGAACUGCUGUCAUACAAGAAUCUGAAAAUCAGGACAAGAGUGGAGCUACUAUAGAAUUACCCCUCAGUGACACAUUGGAAAUCAAAGGAAAAGUUAUUGAUGUGGAUUGUGGAAUUAUUUGUGAAAAUGUUCCCAUAAUUACACCAGCGGGAGAAGUGGUGGCUUCCAGGCUGAACUUCAAAGUAAAAGAAGGAAUGCAUCUUUUGAUAACUGGUCCCAAUGGUUGUGGGAAAAGUUCUCUCUUCAGGAUUCUUAGUGGGCUCUGGCCCGUGUAUGAAGGUGUCCUCUAUAAACCGCCUCCCCAGCACAUGUUCUACAUUCCACAAAGGCCAUACAUGUCACUUGGAAGUCUUCGGGAUCAAGUCAUCUAUCCUGAUUCAGUGGAUGACAUGCAUGAUAAAGGCUACACAGACCAUGACCUGGAAUGUAUCCUACACAAUGUCCACCUCUAUCACAUAGUUCAAAGAGAAGGAGGUUGGGAUGCUGUUUUGGACUGGAAAGAUGUCCUAUCAGGAGGGGAGAAGCAGAGAAUGGGCAUGGCUCGCAUGUUUUACCAUAAACCAAAAUAUGCAUUACUGGAUGAAUGUACCAGUGCUGUCAGCAUUGAUGUCGAAGGGAAGAUAUUUCAGGCUGCAAAGGCAGCCGGAAUUUCCUUACUAUCUAUAACACACAGGCCUUCUCUUUGGAAAUACCAUACUCAUUUAUUACAGUUUGAUGGUGAAGGAGGUUGGCGCUUUGAACAAUUGGAUACUGCAAUCCGUUUAACACUGAGUGAAGAAAAACAAAAGCUAGAAUCUCAGCUAGCUGGAAUUCCUAAAAUGCAACAGAGACUCGAUGAACUAUGUAAAAUUUUGGGUGAAGACUCAGUGCUGAAAACAAUAAAAAAUGAAGAUGAAACAUCCUAAUUUGCUUUGACAUGCUUUAAGAGUUAAUUUUUAGGUAAAGGCUCAGAGACACUGUUGUACUGCAUGCAUUGUGUUAAGCUAAGCACAAAAAAUACAGCAGCAAGAAAUAUUUAUAAGAUUUUAGCAUCAAGGAAAUAUAUAAUCUGACUUUUCACAAGAAACUGAACAAAUGCAUUAUGUAAGAUUAGUCAUUAUGGCUUGUACUAAUUCCUGGUGAAAGCCUAAUUCACCUGUAAAACAGGAUGUUCUGGGUGAAUUCAUGAAGAAUGCCAGUUUACUAUGUGUAUGUGAUGUGUCUGAAGUUCAUACCAAAUACAGGAGAGAUCUUCAGAACACAACUUAAGGGCAGCAUUUAGGUUGAAAUCAGGUGCAUAAAAUGAGAAGUUUGAGUAACAUUUCAGUCAGUUCAUGGUUAUUAGGUUUAAUAGCUAGAAUUUAGGUUCAUCAUUGCUGGUAGUCAGCUAAGCCUGUAUACAAAAUAGCUGACAGUUUGAUGAAUAAUUUCAAUAUGAAAAGAUUAUUUGAAUGGCAGUGGUUGAAAGGAAGAAGCAUGGCUGUCUAUGCAUAAAAUGCCAUAUUUUUAACUUUAAGUUUUGACUGUCUUAGUGUGGGCACAUACCAAAUUAGUUUUAAUGAAACUCUUACAUAUUUGUUAAUAAGUUCUUUCAUUUUAAAAAGAAAAUUGCCAAUGCAGAAAAGCAAUAUCCAAGCAACGUUUGUUUCAGCCUGUUACUUUACUUGGCAGCAUUAUCUAUUACAACUUCUGCCCAGAAAUACUUCACUUGUUUUUGUGCACAAAGGAAAGUCUACCACGUUUUUAAAAUAGCAAUAUUAUAAUAGAAUAUAGGGAUUCUCUAAAUCCCAAUAGUAAUAACAUAUAGUGGAAUAAUACUUUAUAGUUUAUAAUUCCCACAUCAUUUCAUUUUCAUCCUUGUGGCAACCUUUUGAGACAGAUAUUAUUUUUCCUAGUUUGCUUUGAAGAAAUUGACACUUAGACUUUGCCUUCAUUUUGCAGUUUAUUUAGGAACAGAUCCAGGGAUGAAAUGUAGUUCCCUGAACCCCUUGUUCAGUGCUCUUUCCACUACAUAUUAUCCUUAAAAUCUGACUGGGCCAUAAUAUCAACAAAAGUUAGAUGAACUGUUGAAAAAAUAAAUCUGGUAAUGUUAGUGUUAUUUAGUCACUGUUUACAAGAUACAGAAAUUAAGUACCAAGUGGAAAAGUCAUCGAUUGGUCUGUGGUUUAAAAAAAGCCAAGAAAGUUAGCAAAUCUUUCAGCAAUUGUGCACUCAUAAUAUGAAUUUACCUCCACAGACAACAUUCAGCAGGGGAAUUAAUUGUGUUGUAGGUAAAUUUAAUAGUUAUUGAGCAUAAUGAGAAAGAAUCUGUAUAGAAUAGUCAUAUGAAAUAAAUAGUAUCUAUUCAUGUGCCCUGGAGUGUGAAAUACAAAAGCUAGGACGGGUGUGCAUUUUCAUCUCUUACUGUCUAUGACACCAUGUUGAUAGGCUAGAAAAAAAUGGGAAUGAUUAGUUGUUAGUGGUUUAGAAUUUUAUUUGCAUAUUUAGACACAAACAAAAUAGUUGCUAAGUCAGUGAUUCUUAGACUUUUCAGGUGGUAGAGUACUUGGAAGUCAUUCGUGAUGAUUGUAGGAGAACAUCAUGAAAUGUUCAAUUUUGUUAUGCUCACUAGGACAUUUUUAAUUAUCAAUAAGUGUAACUAUAUGAAGAAAUGCAAUAUAAAAUCAUAAUUAGUGUAUCUAAGAUUUUCAUUUAGUAUCGUUAGCUACUCAUUUAUUCAUUUGUCAGUUAGUACCACUUUCUUUAGAAAAGCAAGUCAGAUAUCAAAGGUUUAAUAAAUGUAUGGAACCAAAACUUAAACUUAAUGAAAAUUGUCUAUUAAUGAUAACUUUUAUGUUGGCAGUUAUUCAUUUUAUACUGCCAUUGGGAAAAAUCUGAGGCAAGUAUCUUAACUUUUAAAGGUAUAAAGAGGAAAUAAAAAAUCCUUAUUUAAAAUGUGUGCAUGACUUUCAUGCCUUAAUUUUCAUGAUUUGAAAAAUAAAGCAUUUAAGACCUAAUAUAUUGUUUUCAAAAUUUGAAAAGAAUGCCAAAACAAACAUUAGAUUUGUAAUUAACCCUUAUUUAUAUAUUCUACCAAUGAUCUGAACUAAAUAAGACUCAUUAUUUAUAAUGUACAGGAGUCAAGAAUGUUUAAAAUUUUAUACUAAGAACUACACAUACUGUAACGUAAAUGUUAAAAUUGUAAGAGGAACAUGUUUUCCAUGAAAUUUUUUGUUACUAUUUAUUUUCUUCCAGGACCAAGCCUCUAACUGGGAGGGGAAGAUAUCUGUCAUUUGAGUUUCUGUUUAUGUACUAUAUACCAUUUACCAUAUUUCACUAUUCUUAUGUUUUAUAAAAAACAUGAACAAGAUUAAGAAACUAAGUUAACCAUCCUUGAGUAUAAAAAGGAACAGAUGAGGAAAGGAAAAAGAAAGGAUUUUCCAAACUACUUUUAAACCAUGUUAUCUAUUUGCCCAAACUAUUGACUUCUGUUUUCUCUGUCAAAAAAAGCAACAAGCUUAUGAAGCCUGAUUUUUUGUUUGUGAAUUUUUUGGUUAACUUUUAAACUUGGAAAAUAGGUUGCAUUCUGUGAAAAGUUUGCAUUACAUUUCUACAGCAUGUAGCGUUGUGCCUGCCAAGCCUGAGUUUAAAAUAGUGUAUGUUCUUGUAAAUAAGAUAUUGUGUAAGCAUCCCUUUCUAGUAAUCUCUCAGAGAACCAUAUAUCUUGAAAUUCAACCCAAGUUUACAUUUGUUUACAAUGAAAAUAAUUUUCCCUUAACAGGAAUUUGGUUUGUGUGUCAAAUUUUGUUCUGCCAGUGAAGGUAGAAGUGGACAUGCUAGUUUUUAUUUGUGACUUUGGUUCCAAAUAUAAUUUCAUAUUUGGCAAUAGGCUUAGCCUAUUUAAAUCCCUUUGGAAGAGCUUUUUGAUUCCAUAAGCCUAGAAAAAUUUUUUACACAUUGGUAACCGAAUCCAGAGAAUGUUACACAUCUCUGAUAUAUGCACAAAAUGGUCAUAGUUAUUAAGCCACUGAUUGAAAAGGAGGCCUUUGAUACUUUGUGGGCAAAGAAUUGUCCUCAUUUAAAAGUGGAAAGUAGUUUCACAUGAAUCAGGGUAUUUACGGUUCUGCUGAUACACAUUUAGGUAUGUGUAAUAUGUUUUAGAGUUGGACUUGUACUGUUUACCACAUGAGAAUUUUCAGGUGGAUGUAUAAAAUAUUUUUAUUAAAAGCAAAUUUCUUCUUCA